CCCUGACGCUGUGCCCGGCCCCCCCGCGCCUCGCGCGCAUGCGCGGCGCUUCCCGCCAAAUUCGCUGUGAGGGGGCGCGGGGUCCCGCCCGCCAUGAGCGGGACGGUGCUGGCCGGGACCCCCAUCGCCGUGGACUUCUGGAGCCUGCGCAGGGCGGCCGGCGCCCGCCUCUUCUUCCUGUCCCACAUGCACGCGGACCACACGGUGGGGCUGUCCAGCACCUGGAGACGCCCGCUGUACUGCUCCCCGAUCACCGCCCGCCUCCUGCACAGCCGCCUACGGGUGCCAACAUGCUGGAUCCGGCCGCUGGAGGUGGGGCAGAGCCACGUGCUGGAUGAGGUGACGGUGACGCUGCUCGACUCCAACCACUGCCCGGGCUCCGUCAUGUUCCUCUUCGAGGGCACCUUCGGCACCAUCCUCUACACAGGAGAUUUCCGCUACACGAGCUCCAUGCAGGGGGAGCCGCUGCUGAGGGGCCGCCGCAUCGACCGGCUGUACCUGGACAACACGCACUGUCACCCACGGCGGGCGCUGCCCUCGCGCCAGCUGGCCACGCGCCAGGCCGCCCGCCUCAUCCGCGCCCACCCGCACCACCACGUCGUCAUCGGUGUGUACACCCUGGGCAAGGAGGCGCUGCUGGUGGACCUGGCUGUGGAGUUCAGCACCUGGGUGGUGGUGAGUCCCUGGCGCCUGGAGCAGAUGCGGCUGCUGGAGCUGCCGGACGUGUUCACCGCCGAGGAGGGGGCCGGCUGGAUCCGCGCCGUGGAUGUCGCCGAGAUCCGCUGGGAUACCCUGGUCACCUGGAACAUGCUGCACCCCACCAUUGCCAUCCUCCCCACGGGCAGGCCUGUGAAAGUCACCCACCCCAAGAUCCACCCCAUCCCGUACUCGGAUCACUCGUCCUUUUCAGAGCUGUGCGAGUUUGUGAAGUGGCUGAAACCUUGCUCGAUCAUUCCCAUUGUGAAGAGCAACAUGUGCCAGGUUUACUUCCAGGAAUACCUGAGCUCUGCCCCCCAGGUACUUCCUGACUUCCAAGUCCCAAAGCCUUUGCCAGAGUCUGUGCAGCAGCAAAGCCAAAGGAGGGGGCAGGACCCCACGUGUCUCUGGAAAAGAGCUGCACGGCAUUCUGCACCUCAAGGGGUUGUUUUUGAGUCCCCAGAGAAAUACACUGAGAAACCUGAAGCAUUUACAGGUGCUGAGAUUCCUCAGCAGCACCACUGUGAGCCAGCUUUCUGCUCAAAAGAAGGUUGCUCUUGUCACAGGGAUGAGGAAAAAGGGAAGGAAAAGCUGAGUUGGGAAGAGCUGGGAGCAGCAGGAGCAGCCACUGCUGUUAGCCAGGCACCUGUUUCCAAGGAGCACUUUACAGCAGGAUUUGCAGAGCAGUAUUUACUCACUCCCUUAAAUGUCCUAAAGCAGAAUUCCUCGUGGACGUUUGACAAACUGGUACAAGACUUUUUUAGGAGGGGAGAAGUGCCCUGAAAAAUUGUGUGACACUUGCUGGUGCCAGUAGCAGUGAUUCAUCCUGCUCUCUGUGCUCAGGUUUCCUAUCAGGAGAGAGGAGCUCAGCUAUGGGGCUCUACUUUCUUUAACUCUUAACAGAGGACAAGAGGAAACUAGAACAAGUUUUUAAACAUGACGUUUUUUAAAAUUUAUUUAUUUUUUUUAAUCUUUCUGCAUCUGCUGAGUCUCCAGUACAGGGGGCAGUGCAGUCCCACUGCCUGUGUGCCUCGUGUGCACCUUUUGCAGUGACUCACCUGUCCCCUGUGACAGAAGACACUGCCAGGUCGAUUCAAGCAGCACUGCAGAGGGUGUGAGCUGACUCCAGCUAAUGUUAUUAGUGUUUGGAAUGUGAUGAAAGAAUCAAGGAGGGGGAAUCUGAGAGCCCCCCACUCUUCUUUCUGCAUGUCUGUGAUGCUUCACUGACUGUGAAUGGUUCAUUCCAAGGUGCAUUUCAAAUGUUUUGUAUUAAGAUACACUUUUUAAAAUGCUGCUUAAAUCUA